AAGCGGAAGGUAAUUUGGUUUCCUUAAAAAAAAUGCUUACCGCAUGAAAUCAGAGUCAAACAACGACCAAUCGAAAAAGAGCAGCAAUCGUUUAGAGUGUAACGUAAAAUGUGUGUGCACUCUGAUUCUGCACCUGUCCCACAACAGUCCGUAAAAAAUUAAUUCGUUUUCCAUCGCAAUGCAAAUCACGAACGUAUUGAUGGCUCUUGUGUUGCUAAUGUCCAUUCUAGGAUGUUCGGCUUACCGGUAUCCGAAAGAAAAAGCCUUCGCCUUCCUGUCUGGACAAUCGGGAAAGAUCAAAGGUUUGGUUUACCUCCGACAAACUAAUUUUGGGGUUAGAUUGGACGGAUGGAUCGUAGGUUUAACGCCCGGCAAGCACGGAUUCCACGUCCACACUUCAGGUGAUGUGUUCAGCAAUGGAUGCAAUUCGACUGGUCCGCAUUACAAUCCGCGAAUGGCGCCUCACGGAUCACCGAAAAACGCGGCUAAUCAGCGUCACGUCGGUGACUUGGGUAACGUUUUUGCCAAUCAAGAGGGAGUAGCUUUUAUCAAGAUGAUCGACAAUCUCAUCUCACUGAGUGGACCGGAAUCCAUCGUGGGACGGGCUCUCGUCGUUCACGCCGAUGAAGAUAAUCUCACUGCCACCGCCAAUCCCGGCGCUAGACUUGCUUGCGGGGCCAUCAACAACUAUUAUAUUCGCAAAAAGUACUAAACAAUCACUAAUGCUUACACUGAGUCGAUUACGGAUUGAGGGCUUCGUUGAAAUACAUUUGAAAUUGACUUUA